AUGUAUAUAGGCCGAGCGUUGGCGUCGUCAGCCAGAGUCAGCGUGGACUGGGCUGACAUCAGCAGCUUCCUCCUGGCACCCGAAGAGACCUCGGACAUGACGAAUUUCUUGGGAGUCGUUGCAGCUUCACUGCUUUUGGCUGCUUGCGCCGAGGCCUUCGGGGGGCGCGCCGACGGCUCCGUCGUGGUCGAACCUCGGCUCGGCGAGAGGGCCCUGGCGUGCGGGCUGGACACGGCGAGCCCGGGCAGCACGACCGUCAUCGGCGCCGGAGAGCAGGUGUGCGUCGCCUCGCCGCGCUUCCCCAACAACUACCCUCGCAACUGGAACAACGGCUGGACCAUUCGGGGCGCCACUUCCGAUCUGACGCUGCAGGUCACGUGCUCGCGCGUGGGCAUCCAGGGCAGCUCUCGAUGCUGGAGAGAUCGCCUCGUCAUCUCGGAGAGAUGUUCCUGGAGAAGGUACUGCGGGAGGAAUCGGCCAGGAACUCUCCAGACGUGCGGACCCAACGUGCGUCUCAGCUUCCGGAGCGACAGGUUCAGGCAGGGCAGCGGCUUCUACUGCGUCAUCACCGCCUCUGGAUCGACGACGACGACUGCUGCUGUGUCAACCGCCACCGCUGCUCCGACGACAACCGCUGCCCCGACGACCACAGCAACAGCCGCAACUACGACCCGCGACCCGAACUCGCUCGCUUGCCGCUGUGGCGAGCCCAACAGGAGCAACAGGAUCGUGGGCGGGGUGGCCAACGAGGUCAACGAGUACCCGUGGCUCGUGGGGCUGUCCGGCGCCGGCGGGACGGACAGGCCCUUCUGCGGAGGCUCCAUCCUCAACAACGAGUGGAUCAUCACCGCCGCCCACUGCGUCGUCGGAGCCUCGCCCAGCAGCGUGGACGUCCUGUUCAACAUGCACGACUGGAACAACGGGCCGACUCGCAUCAUCACGCGGGCCGCCGACCGCAUCGUCGUCCACCCGAGCUACAACACCAACACGCUGGACAACGACAUCGCUCUGGUGCACAUCAAGGACAAGGUCAGCUUCACCAACUGGCCCGGAGUCAAGCCCGUGUGCAUGCCUCCUCUCAACGCAGACUUCUCCGGCAGGGACGCCACCGCCACCGGCUGGGGCACCACCUCCUCGGGAGGGACUCAGCCGGAGGUCGCCAGGGAGGUGACGAUACCCAUCACCACGCGGAGCGAGUGCCAGGCCGUGUACGGCAGCUCCGUCACUCAGAACAUGAUCUGCGCCGGCCUGCUCCAGGGCGGGAAGGACUCCUGCCAAGGUGACAGCGGCGGCCCCCUGACGGUCGAGGAGGCGGACGGGCGGCACUACCUCGCCGGGGUGGUCAGCUGGGGCUCGGGCUGCGCGCUCCCGGGCAGAUACGGCGUCUACACGGACCUGCCAAACUAUGUGAACUGGAUCGACAGCAUCGCCACGACGGGAAAAUAUUGCGGACUUUAACAGGCGGCGCAAAUCUGGCGAUCGGCUUCGGAAUCUGGACUUUUGGACGAACCCGCAGCGAUUCCCUCUUACGACCGAAACAAUCUGAAAUCUGAACUAGAGCGUGAAAAGAAGAAAGCCAGUCUGACUCGCGGAUCAACUUGGGAAAUCCUUGAGCACGGACUGGGCGAACCAAACCAGAGGAGAAGACGCAUUUUACCUUCCGCUUGUUAUCUAAUAAUAAACCCUGCACAAUGGCAA